UGCUUCGAAGCGUUUGAUACAGUUCUCUACUCCGCUGAUUGCCAUGGUUUUGAUUUAAUUUGUAUUUUUAUUUUGAGUUUAUUGUUUUUUUUUUAUUUUGAAUUGAUUUGGUUUUCCCUACCUGUGAUAUGGGGGUUGUAAAGAGUUUUAAAGAAUUGGUGUAAAUAAAAGAGAUAUUUAUUAAGAGAUUAAAGGACUUUGUAGUGAAUGUUUGUUCACUACACAACAGAAUUUGGUGACGAGGAUGGGAUCUCUGUUUUCGAGCUCUUUUUUUUUAUGAAUAAUAAAAUAUUUUGUUGUUGUUUUUUGUUUUAUUUUUUUUUUUUUUUUUUUUUUGAGACAAAUUAAAUCAAAACUGUGGUGAAGACAGAGACUGUGGAUACGGGACUGAGGCGGUGGAAACGUGAUGGAGGUACUUCUGGAACAAGUAGCAGCUCUGGAGAAGAGACUGGCACAAGAGAAAGAAGAAAAGGACAGAUUGGUUGGGAGCGUCAUUAUGGUGAAAUGCUGUGGUCUGGUGUCUGAGAAAAAUGUGCCAGUUCCUCUGAAGAGCAUCUCGGUGCAGCUGCAGAUUCGGGAUCACGUGGCCUCCGUCAGUUCCAGUCUGCAGUAUGUCAAUGAGGAGGAGCGUCCGCUGGAGGCCGUUUUCGUCUUCCCGCUGCCUGCUGAUGCUGCCGUCUGCCACUUCAGUGCCAGGAUCGGAGAGCAAGAGAUUGUGGCGGAGGUGCAAGACAGGCGGAGUGCACGAGAUCAGUAUGAUGAUGCUGUGAGUUCAGGUCAGCAGGUGUUUCUGCUGGAAGAGAGUGACGAGAGUCCGGAUGUGUUCAGACUGAAUGUCGGCUGUUUGUCUCCGGGUCAGACUGCCGUCAUCUCUAUCGUCUACGUCAUCGAGCUCAGCGUUCAGGCUGACAACGCACUGCGCUUCUGUCUGCCGGCUGUACUCAACCCACGAUACAAACCAGCAGCUUUAGCUGCCAGUGUUCCAGAAGUUUCCUCAGCAUGUGUUAUUCCCUACACACUGUCUCUGAGUGUUGAUGUGAGAUCUUCAGACCGCAUCUCCAGACUUGAGUCCAGCUGCCCUCUGGAUCCUCUGGAGUUCCUCGAUGCACAGCACAGUCACGCCACGGUGAAUCUGAGUGCUGGUCACCGGUUUGAUAAGGAUGUCGAGCUGCUUCUGUACUAUGAGAACACCCAUCAGCCCACUGCUGUGGUGGAGGCCGGAGCAGCUGCAGCUCAGCCAGGUUCUCUGAUGGGCGACCCGGCACUCAUGAUCAGUUUGUACCCAGAGUUCCCUGCGGAUGUGACAUCGUCACUGGCAUCUCAGGGCGAGUUCAUUUUUGUGGUCGACAGAUCCGGUAGUAUGAGCUGCAGGAUGCAUCAUGGGAAAGGCGCACAGAUGCGCAUCGAAAGCGCAAGAGAUACGCUGCUGCUGCUGCUGAAGAGUUUGCCAAUGGGAUGCUACUUCAACAUCUAUGGAUUCGGCUCUCGUUUUGAGUCCUUCUUUCCUCAGAGUGUCGUGUACAGCGAGGAAACGAUGGAAGAGGCUCUAAGAAGAGUAAAGAAUAUGAAUGCAGACAUCCGCGGCACAAAGAUCCUACAGCCACUGAAACACAUCUACAGUCAGCCCUGUUACCCAGAUCACCCUCGACAGCUGUUUGUCUUCACUGAUGGAGAGGUGUGGAACACUAAGGAGGUGCUGGAUCUGGUGAAGAGUCACGUUCACUCUCACAGGCGCAUCACUGCUGCGGAGAUGACAAGUCUAUGUCAUUGUACCACUUGA